AUGCUGUCGAGGCUUUGCAACCUGAGAGCGAGCAGGUUUUUGUCUCGGCAUAAGGCAAGGCUGGCUGCUGAGAGAGGUGUAUCCGUGCGGGCAGCAUCGCCGCCGCAGUCGGGUCGGGGGUUGGCGCUGAGUUGGAAAAAUGGGUCUGACUCGUUCCCUGUAGGGGCUGUGUUUGUGCGUCUCGUUAAUCAGUUGCGUGCACGUAGGGAGUGUUUAUUAGACGGUCACACUGAUCAGAGCUACUGCAUCGGCAGUGCCCCUCUGGCUCCGGCUGUGUUCUCCUUCUGUUACACGGUGGGAAAUACUGGAUUCGAACAAGAACAAUUCAAGCAGAGUCUUCUUUCAUUUGAAGCAGGGCAAUGCCAUCAAUUUAGACUUCUCCUCCAAUGCAUUGCAGGCCCUGCCCACUGGAAGGAGGUUUUUCCUGUCGCUAAUGGAGACCGUCAGUCACCCAUCGACAUCAAAACUGAGGAAACCAAAUAUGAUCCCUCUCUCCGUCCUCUAAAUCCCAAUUACGAUCCGGCUUCUGCUAAAAUCAUCCUUAACAAUGGGCACUCCACCAGCGUUGAGUUUGAUGAUACCGUCAACAAAUCAGUGCUGACCGGGGGGCCGCUCAGCGGGACCUACAGGCUGCGCCAGAUCCACUUCCAUUGGGGGUCCAGCGAUGAAGCUGGCUCCGAGCACACGGUGGAUGGGAUGAAGUACGCAGCAGAGCUUCAUGUGGUCCACUGGAACGCAGAAAAGUAUUCCAGUUUUGUUGAGGCAGCUCGUCAGUCAGAUGGAUUAGCAGUCAUGGCUGUAUUUCUGAAGAUUGGUGAAUGCAACCCUCAGCUGAAGAAGAUUACUGACCGCUUGGACACCAUCAGAAUCAAGGGUAAAAGAGCACUAUUCACAAACUUCAAUCCUAGCUGUCUGCUUCCCAAGUCCCUGGACUACUGGACUUACUUUGGCUCUCUCACUGUUCCACCUCUUCUGGAGAGUGUCAUCUGGAUCGUUCUGAGAGAGCCCAUAAGUGUUUGUUCUGAACAGCUGGCCAAAUUCCGCAGCCUCCUGAGCACUGCUGAGGAUGAGGUCGCCUGCUGCUUGCUGAGAAACUACCGGCCUCCCCAGCCUUUAAAGGGACGAGAAGUCAGAAGAAAUUAA